UGAAUAUAGCCGUCAACAGAACAAGCAGGGCGGUAGCAGUGUAUGCCUUAAAGAGACAGGAGUCCGCUAGGUAGAUGUGUCUACAAGAGUGCUUAGCAAGAGAAAAACACCCGAGUAAUCCUAACCAUCACAGCAGACAGUGUACAGAUACCGUAUACAUGUGGAAGACUAGAGACGUGAACAGCUCAUUAAAUGGUUACACCGCGACACGAGCAGAUACCUUCCAGGUUGUGCUCACGUUCAGACGUGAAAAGAUACAUCGUGGUGCUUUUGGAUGCUCAAGAAAUAUCUUUUCUUUUUCCUUCUCACAAGUAACCUCAUUGUCUUCCUGUGUCGAGGUCUGUAGACAGAGGUCCAGGAUGCCUGUAUACCAGCCUGGGAGAUGGACUAAAUGUGGCCUGUACUAUAUCACCAGCCGGUCCUACACGACCUCCGCUACCAACAAAAUCAAAGACCCGCCCACACCCCACGGGGCGGCUACACACGUACCUCCGGCACGGCCGCUGGAAGAAAUGCCCGGACCAAAGGGCUUACCUUUGCUGGGAAACCUUCUGGACUAUACCAAGUUUGGGAACAAAAUAAUAUCUAAAUUACACCUGCAGCUCGCUAAGGACUUUGAAAAAUAUGGAAAGAUUUUCAAGGAAAGACUCGGGCCUAGUACAUACAUGGUUUACGUGUCCGACCCUGAAGAUAUUGCCACUGUGUUUAGAAAGGAGGGGCGUUACCCAGUCCGCGGGGCUUCGUUACCUUUGCUGGAUGUUUAUUACAAGCGCACAGGAAAACCUUUAAGUUUAGGGAUGGGAGAUGGCAAACAGUGGCAUGACCGGCGUACGACGACCCAGAAGAAAAUGCUCCGCCCCCAAGCCGUGCAGCUCUACCUAAGUAUGCAGUCCCAAGUCACAGAUGACUUUAUGGCUUACCUGCAGAAGAUGGCCGAGGAAAAGACAGAGCUCGAUAUUCAGGCGGAACUGGUACAGUACGUCAUGGAAUCCAUAGGAACUGUAUGUUUUAAUAUGCGGCUCAACGUGCUCGGAGCUCAGUUGCAACACGAUGCCAAGGAGCGGAUGUUUAUUCAGAAAAACGAAGAAUUGUUUGCCCUCCUCGGUGAUUACCUGUUCUCUUUGCCAUUCUUUAAAUGGUUUCCAACGCCUCUCUACGCCCGGUUUGAGGAACUGUACUCCUUUGUCUUACAAUUUUCAGCGGAUCUUGUCGAAAAGAGUCUUGCGAAAGAUGCCGAGUUGAGGGCUACGGAAGAUAGUCCACAACAUUUCAUUACCGACCUUGUCAAGGACGGCGAAUCCAUUGAAACCGCCUCGGAUUCAGCCGCGGCACUCUUUAUUGCAGGAGUUGAAUCGACCUCAAAUAGCCUCGCCUUUUUACUGUACAAUUUGGCUCGCAAUCCAGACAAACAAGACAAAUUAAGGGCCGAAGUGACCCGAGUGUUGCCGAGAGAUUGUCACAUGACCCCCGAACACCUCAAUCGUCUGCCCUAUAUGAAAGCGUGUGUGAAAGAGUCUAUGAGGCUAUCCUUCCCUGUAGUGCUUGGGGCGACGAGAAUCCUGGCCGAAGACGCUGUUCUUGGAGGUUUUUUAGUACCAAAAGGGACCUGUGUGAUAAACUGUAACAACGCCUCGUGCUUGCAGUCCGAGUACUUUCCUAACCCUCACGCCUACUCUCCUGAACGCUGGAUGAAGGAGGACAACGUGCAGCCACACCCUUACCUCCUGCUGCCCUUCGGCCACGGCCCCAGAAUGUGUAUAGGAAAACGGUUCGCAGAACAGCAGAUGUACAUUGCUAUCAGCAAGCUUGUCCAAAAUUUCACGAUACAACACACGGGCUCGGAGGACAUUGGGAUCACGUAUACUAUAUUCGGGAAACCAGACGAACCUCUUGGUCUAACAGUCACACCAAGAGGUGACUAGACAGCGUUCUGCAGGAAAA